UUCAAACCGUAAAACCCACUCCCCACCGCCGCACUGCCCGCACCGCACAUCCCUUCUGGCUUCUUCCCCUCAGUCCCUCACUCCUUGCCUCCCGCCGCCUCCGCCAGACGCCGGUGAAGUGACCAGUCCACGUGAAACCGGCGACGCUGUCUGACUCUCUCCAUCUCCAGCUCCAAAGAAACCGCCGGAUCUGGCCAGCUCCAAGGAAGCCCAGCUCUUGCAGUCUCACUCUCUCCUCUUUUCCGGUGAACAAUUCAAGAAGACCGCGACCCACAAACAUUUUCCUCUCCGUAGUCCGCACUAGAACCUUUAACUCAGCCCCAUUUGAAAAACGCCCCACACUGGUGUAUUUCCAAGGUGCAAUCUACAGGAAAGCUAGGAAAAGAAUACAAGCUCUGGUUUUGAAACUGACGUUUUGAAAUGAGUUCUGUAUUCGAACGCAUAAAGUUCCUAACAAAAAAAUUCAAUGCUGGUGCUGGACCUGCUGGUUCUUCAAGCCUGGAUCGCCUUGGUUCUUCAAGCUUGGAUCGCCUUGAUUCUGCACUGAAAGGCAUAAAGUGUUACUCGGAGAUCCUAUCAAAAGUCAAAGAGGAUUGGAAAUUUUUGAGAAAACUUUGGGAAUCAGCUCAUAAGGGGAGUGAUGCUGCUACAGAUGAGGAGAAGAAGAAUGCGCACAUGAGCCUCAAGAUUGAAGCUACAGCGGAGGAGAUUUCCCUGGAACUUAUUCGUUUCCGUGAAGAAAAGCAGGUAAAAGAUGAAGAAUUCCUAAACGAAUUAGCCAUUGAUUGUAGAACAAAAACCGGGCGCUUGAUUGCUGAAGUUGAAGAAGCUCUUGACCAUUUGUACUUGAUGUGGUCAAGAGGCGGAGGCAGCAGCUCAUUCCGACUCCAACUCCAUUCUCUUCCUCCUUUUGAUGUCUACUUUCGCAAGGAUUUACUAGGAUAUGUACAAUCAACUGUGUCUCAACUCGAGGUGAUGACAGCUAUUGAUUGGCGCUAUAUCAACUUAAGUAAAAAUACCCAUUACCUUUCCUUGUCCGGGAGUGUUCGUUACCUUGAUUCAUUAGGAACAACAACAGAUGAAGUACUACAAUAUGUUCAUGAUAGUGGACUGCCUAGUUUAGAUGCUUGCGUUGGCCAUGUUUUAUCCCUGGCCCUACGAAUUGCAAACCGGUGUCGUGAUUACUGGUCAAAUUACAAGGCAGGCAGAGUUGAACCGCGGAGCAGGGAACUGUUUGCAUUCCUGGUGAAUUUGGGCAGUGAAACUCAUCCCAGUAAUCCCAAAUUCGUUGGUUUCCUUCUCAAUUUCCUUUUCGCUCUCAGCUGUACUGGGAAGGUUGUGAUUCAGCAUUUGGUGUGGGGGUUUUGCCAGUAUCUCUUCUUGGGUGAAUAUGGACAUUUUCAAGACGAGGUGGCUCCCGUAUUAGGGCUUUUGCUCUACAGCACUUCUAUACUAGAUGAUGAGGACACAGCAUGGAGUUUCAUUCCAGAAUUUCAGGCAGUGCUAGUAGAGAUGGCAUCUCUACUUGAGUCAACUGGUCGUGAUGAGAAAAAACUAGACAACUCACCUCAGUAUUCUGAGUUACUUACAAAAAUUUGUCUUCUCAAGGCGGAGCUUUUCCUUGUGGUGCAAAUCCAUGCCAUGAAAAGCAAUACAAACACUUCUUCCCCUUCCCCCGGUAUGCUUUCCUGUUUUGAAUAUAUCAUGGACAUCCGUAGACAAUUUCCCAAAACACUGCAAAGAUAUUCCAAGAAGUGGCGUCCAAAAACGAGAUUAGACAGGGAAAAGUCGUUGGCACUGAUUGAAUCAACAUUCAGGGAGGAAAAAUCUCUUUAUAAGUCAUAUAGGCUCAAGGAAAUCACAGCAUCCGUGGCAAAAAACUCACUCCUGCGACUUCAUUUUAAGAUUGUGAUUUUCAAGGGAGGGUCAUUUCUGACGGAGCUAUUACUUCUGAAAAGCAGGAAUGAUGAAAGGCUUAUGGCUUGUGGGAAAGAUCAAAUUAAAGUCCACUUUCAGAAGCUUGAGUAUAUCACACUAAUUCUCUCAGAUGAGAGAGUUAAGGACAGCGAGGACAUCUUAGGAACAAUUGGAGAAUCUUUUAGGAGGCUGACAAGUUUCUCUUACUAUUUCCUUGACACACAAGAUGAAAUGAUCAACCUUUCAUUUUCUGAGCUGUUAGAAAGGGUAACGCAUUUGAUCAAGGCAAAGCUCACAGAUAUUAUUCCUCAAUUUCCAAUGUUUAAUUUCCCAAAGAUUUCCAAUAUGGAGUUCCUUGAUUUUCUUCGGAGAAGGCUUGGGGAAGUUCUGAGAUAUGAGCGUGCCUUAACUGCACCAGUGAAGCACCACAUUGAAGGGAUUCAAUUACAUCUCAAGUCAUUGAGGUCUUUUCACAAAAAUGUUUCAGAGUUGGACAUUGAGAAGCCUCCAGAGCUAGAAGAUCUCGUCGAUCGAGUCACUGAUUCGGCUUAUAAAGUGGAGUACGUUGUUGAUUUAAUUGAGGUUGAUGCUCAAUCGCUGGAUUUCUUCUGGUUGGUUGCCGUGGAGGAGGAGUUAAGACUUCUUAGAGAGAGAGCCAGGGGACUUCAUUUGACAACCCCUGAUGCGGAAGUCCAAGAUUCCAAGAAUGUCACCCAGGUUUCAGUUGACAAGUUAUCAACAAAAAAUACAUCAGCAAUUGAUGAAAUUGUGGUGGAUCUCUGUAACAGAGAAAAUGAAAUUCUCAACCAGCUGACUAGAGGAUCCUCAAAGCUGGAUAUUGUUUUUAUUGCUGGAAUGCCUGGUUUAGGCAAGACAACGUUCGCGAGGAAGGUGUACAGCAGUCUUGAAGUCAUGCGUCACUUUCAUCUUCGUGCAUGGUGCUCUGUUUCCCAAGAAUACGAGAAAAGGAGAUUGUUGCUCGAAAUUCUAACAGGGAUUCAUGGGCUUACGGAAGAGAUUCGCCAAAUGAGGGAUGAAGAUCUCGAAGAUAAAUUGCGUAAAUUGUUACUGAAAAACAAGUAUCUCAUAGUUAUAGAUGACAUAUGGGGUGUUGGAGCCUGGAAUGACUUGAAAAACUCAUUCCCAGAUGAUGCAAAUGGAAGUCGAAUUCUGUUCACCAGUCGCCUCCACAGAGUGGCCUCGGAAAUUAAACCAGACAGUCCUCCUCUUCCUCUUGGCCUUUUUUCUCAGGAAGAAAGUUGGCAGCUGUUAGAAAAGAAGGUAUUCAAGGAAGAAUGUUGCCCCAAUGAGCUGCUGGGAGUCGGAAAGGAAAUUGCUUACCACUGUCAAGGAUUGCCUCUUGCUGUUGUUGCGGUUGCUGGUAUACUGAAAAUGACAGAAAAAUGCCAAAAUUCAUGGAAAACAAUCGCAGAUAACUUGAGCUCACAAAUAAUUGAUAAUCCCGAAGCUCAGUGCAAAGAAGUCUUAAAUCUCAGCUACAAACAUUUGCCGGAGUAUCUUAAAUCAUGCUUUCUAUAUUUGGGAGUUCUUAAUGAAGACAGAGAUAUUCUUGUCAGCAAGUUGAUACAGUUUUGGAUCGCAGAAGGUUUCAUACCAGAAUCUAAUAAGGGCUUUGAAGAUGUGGCCGAGGCUUUCUUGAUGGAUCUAAUUGACAGAAGCUUGGUGAUAAUCUCCAAAAGAAGAUCCAACGGCAAAGUUAGAGCAUGUCGCCUCCACGAUCUUGUCCUUGAUUUCUGUAAGUCUAAAACCGAGGAUGAGAACUUCUUUCAGCUGAUAACCAGGUCUGAUAAUCCAUAUGCUUCUUUUCCUAUUACAGAUUAUGGUUUUGAAUUUGAUUUUUACCGUCAUUCAUCUCCCGUGUCAUUUGCAUCCUAUCGGUUGGCUAUAUCUUUGAAGAGAAACCACUUUGUUGAAUCAAAACCUUCUGGCUUGGCCACCCGUUCUUUGGUUUUCUUUGCUUCUACAGAUUCAGAACCCAAACGCCCUUAUGACAUCUCAUUCAUUUGUCACAACUUUAAAUUGCUUAGAGUAUUGGAUUUUGAAUGCUUCAAUUUGGGAAUUUCAUUUCCUGUAGAAAUUGGAAAUCUGGUAAAAUUGAGGUAUUUAGCAGUUGGAGGCUAUUUGAAAUCCAUUCCACAAUCGAUAGCCAACCUCAGGAAACUGAAAACUCUUAUCGUGAAGGGAUUAAGUGGUAAGAUCACCUUACCAAAUACCAUCUGGCGCAUCACAAGUUUAAGGCAUCUUCAUGUAAGUGUCCAUGUUGCUUUCGACUCAGAUGCUGAAGAGCUUGGUGAUAGCUCUAUAUUAGAAAAUUUGGUCAGUUUUUCCUGCCCAUCUCUUUCUUGUGGUGAAGAUGCAGAAAGGAUAAUAAAGAGGCUUCCAAAUCUUUGCAAGCUGAGUUGCAUAUUCUAUGAAUCACCAGAUUCUUCCACGAACAGCAAUCAUUUUCCGAGAUUGAACUGUCUCACUCAUUUGGAGUCACUCAAGAUAUUCUACUAUGGAAGCCCUCUUAACAAUGGCGAGUUCAGCCUCCCUUUGAAUCUAAAGAAAUUGACUUUAUCAAACUUUCGCCUUCCAUGGAGUCAUAUCUCCAUGAUUGGGAGACUACCAAACCUGGAAGUCCUCAAGUUACGUUGUGGUGCCUUUGAGGGAAAAAUAUGGGACGUUGAAGAAGAGUUUCAGAAUCUUAAGUUCUUGAGCUUAGACAAUUUGAACAUUGCUCAAUGGAAUGCAUCUUGUGAUGAUUUUUCCAAGCUUGAAAGACUCAUCUUACAAAAUUGCAAAGACCUUGAAGAGAUUCCAGAGGAUUUUGCAAACAUAUAUACAUUGGAGAUGAUUGAAGUGCAUUGGUGUGGUGAAUCUGCAGAAAAAUCAGCAAUUAAGAUUGGAGAAGAAACUGGUGAUAUCAAAGUCCUUAUCAGGAGUUCAAAUUUGAGUUCAUGAGCACGAUUUGGAUCACGUUACUUAUUCUUCCACCGUCUUAUAUUUUGGGGAAUUGGUGCUCAAAGGAAUGGAGGUUCAGGUCUACAACUAGAGAACUUUGGAGGGUCUCGUUCACCAUAAGCAAGAAGUUGAUGCCAAGCUUUGCCUCUCAUCGGAACCUUCUAAUGUUGAACUAAUGUAGCAAUCUGACCCUGAAUGCUAACUAGCAUUUUGCCAUUGCCUCCAGUUAUUGAGCUUUACCUACUUGUUAUAUCGUACAGUGAGUAUUUUAUGCAUUAUCAAUGCUUGUUUGAUGAAGUCGGAAUGCAAUUGCUUGUUAUUGUCAAAGACCAACUUUCUUCACCCUUCAUUUUGUGUUUGGAUAUGCUCAUGGAAUAUUGAGGAAUUUGUUGACAUGUUUGGUGGAUU